CCUGCAGCCCCGAUCCCGGCCUGGUUUCACUUCCAUCUCUCUGACGCCCACAGACUCCGCUCCUCGGGGCUGGGUGGGAAGUGACGCGGCCGCUGGUGGCUGGGCGCGUUCUGCGCUCUGACCGAGGGGCCAGCCUGAGCCAGGCGCCGCUGAACGAGGGUCUCUGUAAGGCUGGCUCAGAGCCGCAGCUCCCGGGGGCUCGGCCCAGGGGAGGCAGCAGGAUUUGGUGUCGUUCUGGCGAGUUGACCGAAGCCCCCACAUGCGAAAGUCGGGUGUCCCGAUUCCCGGGCGCUGCGAGGGGCUGCUGGAGAAUCUGUGCCGGCUCUAGGUGAGCGGCUGUGCUGGUUAAUUCCCCUCCCGGCCAAACACUGGCACUUCCGGGGCUGUCAGUCUGCCCUGCUCUGCUGGCCGCCGAGGGCUCUGCUCUCAGGAAUCCCCUCCCCGGGCAGGUGCCCCUCACCGCUUCGUGUGGCUGACCUGAGUGGAUCCAGCUCCACCAGACAGCCCUUUGCCAACCCCUUCCCGGCGUCUACCCGUCUGUGUGGUGCAGAGCCCAGCCCUGGACGCAGCAGCACCCAGUGAUGGUCGCACCCGGCUCUCCCCAGCCGGGGGCUUGGCUCUGUAGGGCGGCUGCAGGACAGCUCUGUUACCUGGCACCCUUGGCAUCGGGGCCGGGCCCUGCACCCUGGGUGGGCACCACAGGCUGGUCUCUCGCUGCUGGACCCAACCAGGUGUGAGUACAGAAUCUGCCGGGGCGUCUCCCUGCCCUGAGAGAGCCCAGAGCCCUCGGAGACCCGGCGGCCGCCCCAGGGAUUCGCCAACCGAGGGUUUGUUACCGGCCCAGGAUGUGUCGCAUGCUGCCCAUCUGGCUCGUCCUCCUCGGCUGCUUCCUGCUGCGAGGGUCAGAGGUCCGAGUGCACCAGCCGCCGGAGCUGAGGGCCUCACCGGGGGGCUCCGUGCUCCUGAACUGCACCUUCUCCGCCACCCCAAAGGCCUCCAAGCUGGCGGUGACUUGGGUGCGGCGUGCACCCGGCGGCAGUGGGGAGCUGCAGAUCUACCCCCCGCCCAGCCAGCUCACCCAGCUGCGCAGCCGCCUUGCCCUGGACUCGGGGCGCUUUCGGCACCAGCGGGACGCGUCCCUGCACCUGGCCAACCUCACCCAGCACGACGCCGGGCUCUACCGCUGCUUCAUCUGGACCUCGGCCACCAGCAGCCACGCCGGGAACGGGACCGAACUCAGCGUCCUGGGGGAGGGACCAGGAUCCGGGGUGCAGCGCUGGGCAGCCUGUGGCCCCCUGGGAGUCCUGGCGCCCAUCCUGCUGGUCCUGCAUGCCAUGGUGUGCCGGGAGUGCCAGGGCCUGCGGCACCGUCGGAGGUCAAUACUCCCCACUCGGCAUUCACAGACCAGCCAGAACAUCCCCACUUCGGCACACUCGGAUCAACCGUUUCCCCUCCUCCCGGGAGCCAGGCCCCAGAGGUUGGCGACCCCCUCGGCCAACACUUCCCUGGACUAGCUUCAGUGUGGCAGCCCGUCCGUGUGAAUCAGGGCCCAGGCUGUGUGCACACAGCAGGCCUGGGCACGGCUCUGUUUGCUCACUGCCUGGCUGUGCGCAGGGCGGACA